CUGGAGUGUGUGACUGGAAUGCAGCUGCCUGACCAGAGCAAACUCAGACGCUUCUCUUGCUUUUUGGUUUGCAUGGUUAACUGUAACCUUGAACAGAGUGUGCCACCCCUAACAUCGCUUCAUACGUUUGUUGGUUUUGGUUUGAAUUGAGCUUGAAGCACCUUCUUAUUUGCUCCUUCUGAGUUACCUGAGCAAGGAUGGCUGAUUUGAGUUGACACGACUCCUCAAAUCAGCUUGAACUCCUUCAGGGUUUGGUUUUCGAGCUUUGCACUGGUUUGCUAAUCCUUUGCGUCGUUUCGAGUGAGGUUUGCCGUGCUGGAGGAACGUCCGUUUUGGUUGGAUGGUGUGCUGCACUGCUGAUGGGGAAAACAAAGCUGACACUCAUGGUGGGCUGUCUCUCUUGAGCAGCAGCGGCGUCAACAGAUUGGGAGCGCAGCCCCCGAAGCACGGCUCCGUGAGAGUGGACCACCGGCGGGUUGUGUCCACCGACAGCCUGUUCAGGGAGAUAUACGGUGACUCUGAGGAUGAGGAUGAUGAGGUGGGCUACGCUGAUCCCAUCCAAGAUGAUCUAUAUGCCCGAAAGAUGGGCGUCAAACCCCAGCUCCCAAACAAGGCGUCCUACGACAAGUUCUUGCCAAAGUUCUGGACUCCGGAAGAGGACGUGCACUUACAGAAGAUCAAACUGGGCUCUCAGAGGAGACCCUGGUACAGGAAGAUGCAAGGCUUCAGCCAUAAGAAGUCGGGUUCUUCGUCAGACGAUUCGGACUGCGACGUCAGUCCCUGGCUCUCCUCUGCCCCCUCCUCCUCUGGCCCGUCACCCUCUCACCCCCAAACAGCCAAGAGCGCGCCUCAAACCACCCUUGUUGUCGGGAAAAGUCCUCAUGUCCAUCCACACACUCCCCUACAGCUUCCCAAGAUAGAGCCCCCCAUGUUUCAGACCCCCCCUCUGGCGUUUGCCCCCGUGGACCCUACGUCAGGUCCCAAAUUGAUCAAAUGUAAGAGGUGGCCCCUCCUCGGGCGCCAAGACCCCCGGGAGCCCCCCGACCCCAUUGAUUACGAAAGCAUCGUCCCUGACUUGGAGAACGAUGACAUGUUCGCCAGGCGAACGCUGGCCUUCCAGUCCAACUGUGACCUGGUUACCAUGAAGACGCCGCUGCUGGGCGUCCGCCAGCGCUACUCCUCCGAGCCACAGCUGAACAUUGUCACCCAGCGGCACAGCCACGAAGGCACCGAGGAGGCGGAGUUCCCCGACAUCGAGGAGGACGAUGUGGUCUUCCGCAAGGAGAAGAGCCAGCAGGCUCAGCAGCGGCGGCCGCUGUCCGGCGCCCCCGACAACUACGCCCCCAUGCCCAUCCCGGAGCCCUGGUCUCUGCCCCCUGAGCUCAAGGCCAGGCUGCUCUGCCCGCCGUGCCCCCUGUCUCUGAAAGCGGCAGCAGCCAGCCAGAAUCAAGUCGAGAUGGAGACGCGUCCUCAAACGGACGACAUGCUGAUCAGGAAGCUGGGAGUCUGCUGCGGUCAGGGUCAGAGUUCAGCGAGAGCCAGCAGCUUGACCCCGUCUGUGCCGUCCUGCUGCAGUGAGGGCGACCUGCAGAAGUGGCAGCAAAUCAGGGAAGCGAGUCAGUUAAAGCACAGGAAGAAGCUUCUGAUCGAGAGGCUGGCUGCUCUGAAGCUGUAGAGGCAGGCGGACGUCCGGCCGCCUCACGGCUCACGUUCUCCUGACAGUCCAGACGUUUCACUCUGUUUUCUCCUUGUUUCUUUGUGAUAUCGUCUUUGAAUAUUUUCUGUCUGAUAUUGAACUGCUUCUGACUGGCUGAGGAUCGGAUUAACUCUCACUGAAGGGGGUUUUAUCCAGUUAAGCUCCCGUUUCAAAUAAAGAAUGGGUGCCCUCCACUUCCACUGAAUCAGUCAUGAGCGUUACAGUAUAAACCAGACUGAGGCGUCAAGGGGUGAAAUAAACAGUUUUUAUGUUUGAGGUCUUUAUUGUCACUUCAGAAUGAGGAAAAUAUUCAAGUCAAGACAUGAGAUAAAUUAUAUAAUCUUUAUCUGUAGAGAUACACUGAUGUAGACAUAGGUGGAAAGCGUAACAGCAUCAACUCUUGUUUCAGAUGUCGCUACCUCAAAGUGAAAAUUAUUUAAAGGGAAGUCACUGUAGCUCUAUGAUGUACAGUGAGAAUAAAAUAUAUGCAAAAACACAUUGCAUGUAUGUAAACACACCCGCAUAGGGAAUCGACUGCCGUUGUGUAUUCUGAAGUGUGAUUUAGUAACAGUUUUGACCAGACUAUACGGUACAUGGUGUGCAGAACAGACAAAAAAAACAAAUCUGUUGUUUAUUUGUGGAUUUUCCCGAUCAGACCAAGUUUGCCUGUGAAUGAAAAAACGAUUUAUGCUGAAUAAAGGAUAAGAAGCAACCGUA